CACCUCAUUCAUUCGUGGUCUCCAGGCUCAAUUGCUCCCCCUCCGGCCAUACAUCUCCACUCUCACGAGUCCAACUCGACCAAUUUCCGGGUGAAUACCCUCUUCUCCGCUCAUACACCUCUUUUCUCUUCUUCUUCCAGCUCAAUUGGCUGUCUCGAAAACGACAAUGUUGUACAGAACCACUGCUGCUCGCUCUGUGCUCAGAGCUCUCCAGAGCUCCAACGCCUCGGUCGCCCGCUCGGCCCUGUCCAACAAUGUCUUCAAGGCUCCCUUGACCUCUUCCGCUCGCUUCCACGUUCGCCCGACCACUUCCCCCAGCCUCGCUCUGGCUGCUCGCAAGCCCGUCACUACUGCUCUCAUCCGCCAUGCUUCCACCUCCCACAAGGACGGUGAGGACACCGACAUGAUGGCCGGCAUGAAGGCCGAGGCUAAAGUGAUCAAGGACACCUUCAGCCUGGAGGCCGUCCCCAAGGAGGCUCUCUACCUCGGAAUGGCCGGUGUCAUCCCCUACCUUGCUACCUCCCUCGAGACCGUCUACCUGGCCUGGGAGAUCAAGACCGCCGCCGCUACCGGUGACGGUAUGCUCUUCUCUGGCCAGAGCGCCGAGUUGCUUCUGCACAUGCUCGAGCCCGUCCAGGUUGGCUACGGUGCUGUCAUCCUCUCCUUCCUCGGAGCCGUCCACUGGGGUCUCGAGUGGGCCGGCUACGGCGGCAAGUACGGCUACAAGCGCUACGCCGCCGGUGUGGUUGCCCCCGCCGUCGCCUGGCCUACUCUGCUCCUCCCCGUCGAGUACGCCCUGAUCUCGCAGUUCCUCGCCUUCACCUUCUUGUACUACAACGACGCCCGUGCCGCCGCCUCCGGCCGCGCCCCCGCCUGGUACGGCAUGUACCGCUUCGUCCUGACCUUCAUCGUCGGUGCCAGCAUCGUCGCCAGCUUGGUCGGCCGUGAGCAGAUCUCCGGUACCCUCACCGGCGAGCACACCAUCCAGGACAAGAUCAACGCCCUGAUCUUCCUGCAGAAGAAGGAGAAGGAGGAGGCCGAGGCCCGCAAGCGUGCCGAGCUCGAGGAUGCCGAGUAAAUAGCUCUUUUUGUCGUCGUAUAAAAGAAUCCUUCCAAAGGGACCUGUGACUUGUUUCGUGUAUUCUGAGCAGAAAGAAAGAGAGACAGAGAAAGAAGGCAUGCUGUCAGGGAAGUGGAUGUGGUCUGAUGUAUUGGUUUUUAUUGGUUGAGUUUUUCUUGUAGAUUACAAUGCGAAGUUCAACGAUGCCCCCCCCAGCAGACGCUGGUGAUUUUUUUCAUUUGUCUCAAGAAUGUUCAGGACAGCCAAGCUAUCCCCGUGGUCGGUUCAGUAUGUAUGUGUACGUGUUAGUGACCUGUUUCGACAAUUAGUG